CGUCUUCGUUAGUUAUCGGCGGACCGCGAUACGAUUCACGUCGCCUCGAGCCGCGACCGGUGGCGAGAUGUAAACGUGACCGACGACACCAUCGUUUCCAAACGACACCGUCGUCGCAAACGGCGUAGCCCUUGAAACGUGGUGGACACGAGUAAAAAAGUAUCAUUACCCGCAGUGAAACCACGUCAUUUCACACGUUGGAUUUUUUUUUAUUGCACUGCGUCUCGCGAACAAGUGUAGUGUGUGUUCGACGAUCGUUCCUUUGCCUCGUUUUUUCUUUUCUUUUUUAUUAUUCCGUUUCACCGUGUUUUCUCCCCCCCCCCUUCCGCUCCCCGUGUUUUGUUGGUGACGCAUCCCAGGACACGAUUCUUUACGAGAAUUUAUUUCGGACGCAACGUUCGCAUCGACCAGGAGUUAGAAAUCGUAGAAUGGUGUGUUGUUAUGGAUCCUCGUGCGCCGCACUCGAUCUAAACUCGAUUCAAGGGGAAGGUUUCGAGAAACGAGGAGAAGCACCAAUGAUCGUUGACCCCCUCGAAGCACGAAGCCCACAAACUGCAAACAUAUUCGCCUGGACGAGCGACUAACCAUCCCGCGGUGAAAGGGUUUGCCAGUUUGAGUUUACAAUGCGGUGAUUUCAGGGAGGAAUAAAACAUCUGAGGAAAAUUAGAGUGUAGCGUUACAAGUGAUUCGAAGAUGAAGUGGCCAUUAGUGCUGACUUGCUUUCUGUUGCCGCAUUCGUGCAUCCUAGGUGCAUCGCAUGCCGGUUGCGAGUUCCCGGCGCAGUGGAACGGCCACUGGUUUCAAUCGGGGAAUCAGGGGUUGGUGACGGUGAACGGGUCCAUGAUGACCAACAAGGGCCGCUGCAUCGAGACCAAAGACGACAAGUUCCUCAUUCAGGACACAAUGGAAAAUUGUUAUCGCUGCAUCGUCAUGCACAUGAAGCAUCCGAACGUCCUUCAAUACAAAGAGACCUGGUGUAUCACGGGAUCGUCGAAGCCCACGCUCCCCUCGAUAUGCGGCGAUUUGACGAGCGACGCCAUAUUAAUUUCCCUAUUCCGCACGGGGGCAGCACCGAUGCCCUGCCCGUUCAAGGGACCCCUGGAAUUCACGUACAGCCACGGGGAAGCGGAGUGUAAAUCUCCUUUGUCCGCAGCGGAGACGUGCACCCAAGAAUCGCGAUUACUUUUUCGCUAUCAAGCGUGUGCCAACGUGUUAUCCUCCGAGAGCGUCGACGUGGAGUUGGAGUGUCUAGCCACGUGGAAGGAGAGCAGCACGCACAACCUCGUGGCAAGGUUGCACGCCCCGCGGAAGACCAGCGAUGAGGACAGCUACAGAUGCUUCAUCUACGAGCAAACUUCGAACAAUUCGUGGAAUUUGGCGCAGAGCGAGGACGCCUCUUGCACGGGAUUGAUCAGCGUUAAGGAGGCUGCCAAGACGUUCAAGAUGAAACAGAAAAAUUCAACCGAACGAUGCACGUAUCCAUCCUGGGUUGUGGACAAUAAAUUAUGGUUAGCCCUGGAUCCGGUAGCAUCUCGCCUCCUGGCAUCGCCUUACAAUCUAACGAUUCUCAAUCGACAGGAGACCCGCCUCGUGUGUCAUUCUGUGGUCCCCAUUAACGAUCGUCAUUAUCAUCCGGAUAGGGAGAACCAGGUGCAGUACGUUGCCAAGGCCACCCUUGAUUGCACCAACGGCUACGUGUGCCUGAUGUUCCAUAGAAGGGACAGCCACAUAAUAGAGAUGCAACUGUCGGAAUGGAGCCAGCAACCCGACGACGUGUGCAACUCGAGUACGUUCAACUCCCACUCGACGCCGUACACGACGUUCAUUACGUCGGACCCGAUCACCAGGCAGUGUCCUAACCUGGGUCGAUACGAGAUCGUGUCCGUGUUACAUUCUUACAAUAGCGUGGAGGACAUAUUGGGGGUGGACGGUGACCAGAGCAUGGCGAAUGCGGCCGAAGUUCAGGAUGUUAGGGUGACGUCGACACCGUAUCCGGGUCGGUGCCGUUAUGGCAGUGUCCGCCGAUUGGAUAUCGGUUGCAAAACACCGGAUCGCAUGGAAUUCGCUACGUCGUGCAGCGACGAGACUCCAUCAGGUAAAAUUUUUGAGUAUUUGUGCCACGGAACAUGGAUCGAGAACGACACAGCGUAUCUGGUGGCGAGCACCGACGUGGGACGAUAUUGUCUCGUUUACAGUGCAUCCGCAGCGGCGACGGGGAGCCGCGAGCUCUCUGUGACGGGUCACCUUGCCUCCUGUCCCAGGGCGCCUCAUCGUCAUCUUGUGUCGUGGCAGGUCAACCUCACGUCGUACGCUCAAUGCGGCGAUAUCUCGACGGCCACGUCGUGGACCUUCCGGAUUUCCGCCUCCGUCUACAUCCUUGCUGUACUUGGCACCCUGUUCGGCAGAUAUAUCGCGAGGUGAUAUCACUGAGUGAAGAGACCAGGCCACGAGACGGCCGUGUAGUCAAUCUACACAAAUCUACUCGAGUCGUCAGCACAGCAACUAUAAAAUAAAACAACAAGAACAACAACAAAAAGAAGUCUCUAUAUAUAAAUAUAAAUAUAAAUAUAAAUAUAAAUAUAAAUAUAAAUAUAAAUAUAAAUAUAUAAAUACAAAAAAAAAUAUAUAUAUAUAUAUAUAUAUAUAAAUAUAAAUACACAAAGUAUAUAUAUAUAUUAAGCGAAUUAACGAAGGAUCCCAGAAGUGUGAUGGGAGAAAGUAACCUAAUAAUCAAGCAUAAAUUAGCGUGUAAGUGUUCGUGGGUGCGAGUUGUGCAAAAGAGAACGAGAGAGAGAGAGAGAGAGAGAGAGAGAGAGAGAGAGAGAGAGAGAAUGCCGUCGAGAGGCUUCAUUCGAAUAAAGAAUAUCGGUGAGAAAUAUGGCGGAUUAUUGGCUAAAAGGAUGUACAUAGGGACGAAUGUACGUGUACAUAAAAUUCACUUAAGGGAGGUUGGUUUUAUCGAAGCAGCUGCAUCUGGAAAUGUUAUCUUCUGACAAAGGGGUGAGGAAGAAGCGAGCCACAUUUAUAGAGAGUAUUUUUCGUAGUUGGCUUGGGAUAAUUGAGAUCUUGGAUUUUUGUAAAUUUUUGUUAUCUUUAUUUAUUUAUUUCUUUUUUUUUUGUACUUCGUUUCGAUUAGAUCUUCUCUUCUCGUUCUCACUCGGAUUGAAUAUUGAUAGUUGGAUUGGGAUUAUUCAUAUUUGUUUGGAAACAAAUUAAACAAUUGAUGUAAAUUAUUGCUGUGGAUGAUACUGUGGAUCUUUAAUAAUCGAUUUCUCCAACCUAAAUUUCCAAAAUUUUAUUCGCUCGCAAUUAAUCUUCGCUAAUUAGAAAACCUUCCUGGACUCGCAAAACGCGCGCAUGCAGGAAAAUCAAUUUAAAAACAAGGAAAGUAAAAAAAGAGAAGGAAAGAAAGAAAGAGAGAGAGAAAAAUAAAGCAACAAAGAGAAACGUGCAACAAUGGAGAACAAUGGAGAAAGGAGAAACUAAUCAAAUCAAAAAAAAGAAGAAAAAAAAAAGAAAAGAAAAGAAAAAAAAAAAAGAAGAAACUAAGGGUGCUGGGGCCAAUAGUGUGUGCAUUUUGAGUGGUGAUCGUAGCCCACGUGUGUGAAUGGAAGUGGACGAAGGACGAAAAAGAUAAACAAAAAUUAAAAAGGGGGAGGGGAGGAAGCACGAAACGAGCGAGAGAGAGAGAGAGAGAGAGACUUGUAACACUUAUUCAGAUCCACGACGACGUCAGCGAUGUUUUGGAAACGGCGCGUAUCGUUCUCCAACUCGAGCAAAACUUGUGUUUUUCUCGAAACGUUUCCAACUGUAAUUAUACGUAUUUUAAUUAAAGUUGUGCGCCACUAGAGCGAAAAGAAGGAAAGAAAAAGAGAGGGAGAGAGAGGGAGAGAGGAGUGGUGAAAUUUUUUCUUGCAAAUCUUUUCGUGUGAAUGUGUACGCAGAAAGUUGGAAAUAAAUGAAAGAAGAAGCGAGAGAAACAGAGUAAGAGAAAAGGGAGAAGAGGAUGGAAUGAAAAUGAUUAUCGUUGUUAUUAUAUUGUCAUUAUAAUCGUCAUUGUACGAGCGAGAGCGUGUGUGAAUAUGUGUAUGUGUGUAUCUCUCUCUCUCUCUUCUUCUGUGUCUUCUUCUGCUUGUCUUUCUUUCCGUUCUGCCAUCCCUUUUGCUCGCGACCCCACCCCCGAUGAAGGCGGUCAUCCAUAUGUGACUGUAGAUCGUAAGGAAUGGCCACUGUGACACCUGGCUUUUUCGACGAAAAACAGGUGGAAAGAUGAAUUUCCUUGAGAUUUGAUAUUGGUGAUCUCCUUGGAGUGAAAAUUUUUUUCAUCUAAGAGAAACGAUUGAUAAGCGAUUAAAGAUUUCGAUCUUUAAAAGCAAAGUUUGAGUCACAGAAGACGAAAUUAAUUAAUAAUGUUAUAUAAGAAAAUUUUAUAUUGGCGAACAACAAUUCAAUAAUUGAACAUUAAAUUAUUACAAUUUGAUAAUCAAAUUUAUUUAUAUAUUUUCGUUCGAUCAAACAAUGUAAAUUUGUGAAAAGAAGAAUAUUUGUAAUAUUGGGUUUUUCUUUUUUUUCGUGAUCGAGGAAAAAUGAAAAUGAAUUUAAAGGGUUGAGUUUAAGGGGAUCGCGUGGAAUUGUAUGAGAAUAUCGUAGAAUGAUCGUUCGAUUCUUUGUUUGCUCUGGAAUAAAUUUGAUAAAGAAAAAUCAAACACUUUCUGAAAAUUCGAAAAUGAAUAAAAUAAAAAGCUUGAAAAAUUCUAACGUAAAAAAAAUCGUACUAAAAUAAAGAGAUAACUGUAAAAUUGAAAAUUAAAAAAUCUAAAAAAAAAAAAUAUAUAUAUAAUCUUCAUUCAAAGGAUUAAGACAGUCCCAGAGCAGCACAAAGGGGUCGAAUCGAUCGUGGACAAUGGAUUACAGAGAGAAAAACCACGACAUAUCGAUAAAUCGAGAGAAUUCGAGCAAGAAAUUCAGAGAAGCUGCUAGGUAGCGCUAGGUAAUCAAUUAUCUCGCCAACAUCCAGAGGAGUAGUAGACGGAGCGAGGAAAAACUGGAAACAAGGGAAAGAAACCAACUGCACAAAACACGCCAUUUACCAGGAAACGUUGAAAACAAAGGGGGAAAAAAAAAGAAAAAGAAAGAAAGAAAAAAAAA